AUGCAAUAUAAGUUGAACCAAUUAAUUAUUCUGAGCUUACAAAAAAAUCAAACACAAAGUACUCCAGUUCCAAUGCAAGUUUUGCCACAGAUAGCACAAAUAACAUCUAGUCAAAGCAAGAAUACAGUAACUUCAGUUACAACUUAUAGUUUAAAUCUCUCCUUAUUAGAUUUUUUACCAUUUUCAGACUAUACAAAACAGAGUCAAAAAAGACUAAGUAAAGAUACUACUAAAAAUAAAUUAUCUAGUAAAAAAUCAAAACAUAAUAAGGAAAAAGAUAAUAAGAAAGAUUCUAAUAUUAUAAAAAAAACUUAUUACAGAAUUAAAAUUUAA